AUGAACAUCGUGAAAUUGAUAUACUUUUUUCUUAUCUUAUCAAUAUUGGCAAAAUGGUGCAGCGAACCGACAACAAUGAAAGCUUUAUUCGAUGCUAUUUUUAAUGAUGAGGCUCGAAAAAUUGCUCAAAAAUUGCACAAGCGAUUCUUUGAUAACCUUUGUAUUCGUGCUGGUUCUUUUGAUAGUGAAUGUUGUGGCUUUUUUAAUGUUGAUGGUACUUGUGCUUGCAACGCUGAUAUUGAUAACUAUUUUUGUACUUAUACUGGUGCAUAUGGUCAUGGUUACGAUCGUACCGUUGGGUAA